CGUGCGCGCCGAUUGGCUGAGGGCCCAUCAAUAAGGGCCGGGGGCGGGCUUCGCUGCCCAUCGGCGCUGAGCACUUCCCUCAGGAGCGCGGGCGGAGGCCGGCGGGCGCCGCGCGGAGCCGCGGGCGACAUGGAGGCGGCGGCGGAGCCUGGAAACCUGGCGGGCGUGCAGCACAUCAUCCUCGUACUCUCAGGAAAGGGGGGGGUCGGGAAAAGCACCAUCUCCACAGAACUGGCCCUGGCCCUGAGGCACGCAGGCAAGAAGGUGGGGAUCCUCGAUGUGGACCUGUGUGGCCCCAGCAUCCCACGCAUGCUCCGGGCACAGGGCAGGGCCGUGCAUCAGUGUGACAGUGGCUGGGUGCCCGUGUUUGUGGACCAGGAGCAGAGCAUCUCCCUUAUGUCUGUGGGCUUCUUGCUGGAGGAGCCGGACGAGGCCGUGGUGUGGCGAGGCCCCAGAAAGAACGCGCUGAUCAGGCAGUUCGUGUCUGAUGUGGCCUGGGGACAGCUGGACUACCUGGUUGUGGACACGCCCCCGGGCACCUCUGAUGAGCACAUGGCGGCCGUGGACGCCCUGCGCCCCUACAGUCCCCUGGGGGCCCUCGUCGUCACCACACCCCAGGCAGUGUCUGUGGGGGAUGUGCGGCGGGAGCUGACCUUCUGUAGGAAAACAGGCUUGCGGGUGAUUGGGGUCGUGGAGAACAUGAGUGGUUUUGUCUGCCCACACUGCUCAGAGUGCACCAGCAUCUUCUCCAGGGGCGGCGGCGAGGAGCUGGCCAGACACGCCGGAGUCCCCUUCCUAGGCUCUGUGCCCCUGGACCCCCAGCUCACACAGAGCCUGGAGGAGGGCCGGGACUUCAUCCAGGAGUUUCCCCACAGCCCUGCGUUUCCCGCACUCUGCGCCAUAGCCCAAAAGAUCCUGGACGAGACCCCCGCCCUACGGUCCUGACCGGGGCGGCCACGGUGAGGCUCCCACACGCGGCUUGAGCGGAGGCCCUGGGCGUGGGUCCCAUGCUGCCAGCUCCGUGCACAUUCCUCCCGCAGGCCUGGAGUCAGGGCCCUUGAGGGUGAGUGGCUCUGCCAGUAGGCCUGUGGCAGGCAUGUGGCGACAUGGUGGAGGCUUGGUGCAGCGGCCCUUCACCACAUCCUGGCACUCACGUGCCCCAGACGGACAGGCCAGCUGGCUGCUCCUGACAGCCAGCCUCCCAUUGUCCACACACUGGCGGGUCUGCGCACCUGUGGGGUCUCCGCUGUCCGGGCUGCGGCAGCCUGUGGGUGGGCGCGUGACUGGCAGUGGAGUGGAGCACCUCAUGAGGCAUCAAACUUAUAAUGAGAAGAACCUGCAAUUAAAGUGCCUGCUGCCGUGCUUACA